GUUGAUACUAUUCGUAAUGGACUGGACCAUUGUGCAGCUUUGCUGAAGAAUAUCUUACAGAACGAGGCUGCAGGAAGGGAGAUUGUCCAUAAACAACCUGGGAAAACAACUACCUUUAAAAUUACUUCCAAGCCUUUGCUAACCAAAGGGAAUACUUCCAAGAAAGUGCUGAAAAGAAGUGUAACUCCUGCACACAUCCAAAAAGAAAUUGUGCCAAUAUCAAGUAGAAAACCUACCUCAUCCAUCACACCUUCUACUGAGAAAGAACUUUGCAGUGCAGCACAGAAUCAGAUGGUUCAACCAAUUCAUGUGCCUUGCAGUCCACAGUCUCCUGUGAUGCAUCAGAAAUUGUUUGAGCAUGUGCAGACUCAGAUGUCAUUGAUAACUGGCCAACCACCACAGAAGAAUAAGGAAAUUCCUACUGUAACUUCUCCUAUCUUAAAUCAGGGAUAUCAAAAUGUUGCAGCUUUUCAUGAUGAAUUACCUACCUGCACCUCAGCACUGUCCCUGCAGCAUCCAGCUAAUCCCUUAUCUACUCAGUCAGGUGUUCCUGUAGGCAGUGCCAAUGAAUGUGUGCCAGAGAAGGGAGGACUUGUGGUUUGCCCAGUAGUUUCUGCUGCUCCUGCUGUGCAAAUACAGUCUGGCACUGCUCUGCCUAGUGUGAUCCCUUGUAUGGCAUCAGGAGCACCGAGUGACCCUGCAGGGCCUGCGUUGAUCCCAACAUCUUUUGGCAGAGAGAUGACCUCGAGCCAUGAGCAACAGACAAAAGAAGCAGAUGUGAUAAGAUGCAUACAGGCUCACCUCGCCCUCUUACAAUCACAGGAAAUGCUGAGUGGCAGGGCUGAACUGAAGUGCUAUCAUCAUUGUCCAGCAAAACAUGAUACUUCAAGUGGCACGGAGGAAGAUACUUCUGAAGAACACAGUGAGGACAUGGUCAGUGAAGAAGAUGAAUUGAAUGUACUUGACACAGCUCCAGUGGGAGAUAGAAGCUGUAAGACAAGUUAUGCGAAGAAAGUUCUAAAAUCUAGGAAAGAUAGUCCAGAAGGAACAGCCCAUAAAGUUAAAACUGUAAAAUAUCUUCUGGCUGAGCUCAGAGCACUGAUAACAGAUCAAGAUGAUUCGGAGAUGGUACGGUUGAUGAGUGAAAUAGAAAACAGCAUAUCAUUGCUCCCAGCUGUAGUGGGAAGCACAAACAUCCAGGCUGAAAUAGCACUGGCUUUACAGCCUCUCCGGAGUGAGAAUGCCCAGCUGCGAAGGAGACUAAGAAUAUUAAACCAGAAACUUGGGGAGCAAGAAAGCAGCAAGAAGACAUCUGGACAGAGCUGCAACUACGAAUUAGUUUCUUUGCAGUCCUUGAAUAUGAUGCUCCAGAGUCAAUUGCAAGAAUCGCAGAAAGGCCUUGAGUCGCUGCAGGCUAAAAACGAAGAACUCCUUAAAAUAAUAGAAAAUCAGAAAGAAGAAAAUAAACAUCUUGUAAAAGGAAUUCAGGAUAAAGAAGAGGAAUUGCUUGAAAACAAACAGCAUUAUGACAUUCAUUCCACCAAGCUCAAGAUGGAAGCAGAAGAGGCAUUGGGAAAUGUGAAGAGCCUUCAGUUUAAGCUGGAAGCUUCGGAGAAAGAAAAUAAGAUUUUGGGCAUAACGUUACGUCAGCGAGAUGCAGAAGUUAAGAGAUUGCGGGAACUAACCAGAUCUUUGCAGGGCAGUAUGGCCAAGCUUCUGUCUGACCUCACAAGAGACAACUUUAGACCCAAACCUGAAAAAGGUCUCUCCAAGUCUCUUUUGGAAGACCAUGAAAAGCAGAUGCAACCUGAGCUGUUUCCUGGGAGUACUUCAGUAAUUACUUACCUUAAAAAAUUAGAAAUGGAUGAUGUUUUGAUAGAUGCAGAUCUUCAGUUCUCAAAUAAAAGUGAAGUAGAAAUGCAAAAUCUAGCCUAUGAAAAGUUUGCUGCUGAAGGAAGUAAAAUAAACAGUACAUUCAUAGAAGAAGGAACAUCAAGAAUACUACCAGCUGCAUUGAAGCAAGAUGCAGAAGCAGUUAGUGAUUCUGGGACUUUACUAGAUGACCAAAACAAGGUGGAUGAGACAGUUUCUAUUCCAUUGACUGGCAGUGCCUCUAAGAAUCGGCAGCCAGUCUCUGAAAGAAGUGUUGUGCUACUUCAGAGUAGAGGGGCUUGUAAGAGGCUGGAUUACCACUGUGAGCUCUCAAGCUCUAUGCAGCAGAAUGGGUGUGACCUAGCAAAGGAUCCAACUGCACUUGAUAAAUUAAGUGCUGGGUAUGGUGUGAAAAAGGCUGUGGAAAACACACUUGAAGUUACAGGGGAUAAAGCAAAGCCAGAAGAAGACAAAGUCCAAAUGAGACCAAAAGUCAUUCCAAGUGGAGCUGCAAAAGAUUUUACAG